ACUUUUCGCAGAACAUGCUUGAACGUGAAACGUAGGGAUAAUAUGUCGUACAUUAAACCUUUAAAGUCAGUUUUUACAUGCUGAUUAAAGAAUAUUACGAGAAGAAAACUUGAAAACUUAUAAAUAAUUUGAAAAGGUGUUAGCCACAAACCGUAACAUUUGUCUACUUUAUUCAGAAAUCAACAGGAAUCGAAAAUCGUGACAUAAUAUUUUUCUUCUAGAAGGUGAGUUAGUGAAUAGGCCUGCAAUCUUUUUUAAAGAAAAAUGCAAUUAUUCCUCUGUAAAUAGCUGACAGGGGAGACACCCUUCCGAUAAUAGAUAAAGAGAUCAAGCUUUGCUGUCUCUAUUCAAAAAUAGGAUAAAUAAGGAUAAAUAUUAUCCAUAAGUAUGUCAUACGAAGUAAGAAUAGUUAAAAUUUCUGUUAUUUUUAUUCACCUAUUGGUAUUUUGUUGGGGAAAUUGGAACGACACAGACUGCAAUCCCAAAUGGGAAAUGACGCCAAAUGUUGGCGAAUUUAAAUGUUAUAAACUAUAUACAAACUCUUCUGCCUUUACAUGGGAGAAAGCAAGAGAAUAUUGCGCUAGUCAAAACGGUCGCUUAGCUGCAGUAAAAAAUGAAGAACAGCGCAAUUUUCUAACUCAUAUGCUUCUUAGUGAAAACGUUACCGAAGGAACUGAAGUGUGGUUGGGAGGUUUCGCAGCGCAAGUAGACUGGAAAUGGAUUGACGGCACAAAAGUGGAGGACAAUUCAUAUAAGAAUUGGGAAGGAUUGAAUAGCGAUGGUUUUGGAAAAUCUUGUGUCUCUCUAUUACCGUAUUACCAAACUCAUGACCAUCUACAACAUUUAGCGGGAAAGUGGAGACUUACAAGUUGUAGUUUUCGAAUAGGUUCCUUGUGUGAAUAUAAAAAAAGCUCAGAGGGAUAUAGCGAUUGUCAAAAAAAUGUGAAGGCGAGUUUUACAAGAAACGAUAUCUGUUAUGAGAUGAAUAUUGAUAAAACAAUAAAUUAUUAUGAAGCUAUAGAAGAUUGUGAAAAGAAUGAUGGGCAGUUGGCAAAAAUUACUUCCCAAGAGUGGACUAACGCUUUUAUCGAGAAAAGUAACGAGACUUUUAACCUUCCUAUUCCAAGAGAGCCUAUAUGGAUUGGACUAUCAAAAGCAGUUUGGAAAUGGGAUAUCGCAAAAGGAGAAGAUGUGAUAAAUAAAUUCUUCUGGGCUCCAAAUCAUCCUAAAGAUCAACGUUUGGUCAAUGUAAUAACAAAUGGUAACAUAUCAAUGUGGGUCACAAAGAGUAUAGCUGAUACUUCAAACAAUUUUGUCUGUGAAUUUAACCGAAAGAAUCCCCUCUGGACAGAACCACCAUCAACAGCAGUUGUUACUACUAUAUAUUUAAAUACAACGGCUGAAACAGCUCCACCAGAACAAACAGAAAAUUCAAGUAAUCCUUUGGGAUUAGGCGCAGUUCUCGGUAUAACUGCUGGAGGAAGUGUUGUAUUAUUUACAAUAAUCGGAAUUGCCAUCUACUUUUGGAGGCGAAUGUCGAAAGUGAGUAAAGAAGAAGAAAAGAAAUAUCCAAAGAAGGAUAAACCUUUACCUGUACCUCCACCAACAGAUACCCCUGAUACAAAGAAUAAUCCCAUAUCAAUUAUUACAACCCCUACAUUAAACCCACCACCUGAAGAUGUGGUGGCUGAUUAUGUCAAUAUAUCUAAAGAGAUUUCAGCUACCGAUAAUCUUUCAUCAAUUCCCCCAGUAAUUCCUCCAAGGAGUAAUUUAACAACGGAUAAUGUUCAAAGUCACAAUUCAAAUUUUAACCAGGUACUGUUAAGUAACUGGGGAAGUAAAAAUGGUUCAACAGUAGAUGGACAAUCGGUGAAUGGGCCUCCUGCUCUUACCUUGGAAAAAGUCAUAGUAAGGACUCAACCUCCACCUGCUUCCUCUUCUAGCAUUCCUGAUCCUCCACCUAUUGCCUCUCAUUCCAUACCUGAUCCUCCUCAUCCACAUCCUCCCCCUCCUCCUCCUCCUCCUCCUACUGAGAAUGCUGCAGCUCCUGAGAAAAAGCCGAAACCAAAAAAAAAUAAAAAAGAAAAGUAUCGACAGCCGGAUGCUGCACCAACUCCUAUUAUUAAAAACUCUGGUAGAGGUGCUCCACAACCUCCUCCAAUACCUCCAAAAGAUUUUUUGACUGGUAUGCCUCAAACAGAUCUUAAAUCAAAGUGGAAUUUAACAAGUCCAAAUAUAACAUUACCUCCACCCAUUCCCCCAAACCCCCCUCACUACAACGGAAAGGGCGUGGACAUAAGAAAAGAAGAUAGUGAUCAGUGGUUAUGGCUAGAGGGUGAGAACCCUCCUAACGUAGUUGUUUUCCCAAAACGCGAACAUUUUCCAUGA